GCUCACCGGGCUAGUGAUAGUUGGGAUUUGGUACUGUAUACACAUUGGCGCAGUCCUUGCAAAGCUCAGCAGCCAUGCAGAAGAGCCAGAGCGAAGGCAGCUUGGCAUUCCUCAAGGAUUCCAAGGUGGGCUCAGCUGCUGGCUUCAUGCUGGUGAGCGGGGGUAUUAUGGCCCUACCGCAUGGAAAGAAAAGUAAGGGCCUCGUGGAUUUCUCCAAACGCUUCAGUGCCAUAUCUGAAUACCAGGACUGCUUUCGAGAGAUUCCACAUUGCUAUGCGUCAAUGGACAGGAAACCUCUCACACCAUACCAUCCCAACGCGCCACGCUCGCGCUUGGCGCUGGAAGAUGCACCUGUCCCACUUAAGAAUGCCUCAACAAUCCAAUUCCUGGAUAGAUUCUGUGUCCACAAUCGGCGCUUCGUGUCCACGCACAAGAACUACUACACUGGCGAGAGACCAGAUAUGAGAAGUAAUCCUGGUAUGAUUGCGGACAGCACGAGGCUGAAGCGAAUGCUGAUGGAGAAGUGAGCAGGGUCCGAACAAACAGCCCGUUUCCUCAAUCGAAGUCGGAUGGGAACGAAAUAAUCGACUCCCGCGUGUUAGCCAGC